AUGUCCCUUCGAGGUAAAGUAUACGCCGUAACAGGCGGUGCAAGCGGCAUCGGCCUUGCAACAGCCAAGAUUAUCUCAGAACGCGGGGGAACAGUCUGCAUUGCCGACGUGAACCAGGACGCCCUUAACGCAGCUGAAUCGUAUUUCGGCUCCAAAACACCGUGUGUUCCGUAUAGGGUCACCCAAGUUGACGUUUCGAACAAGCAACAAGUAAUAGACUGGAUUGCCGGCAUCAAGAAUACAUUCCAUCGCCUUGAUGGGGCAGCUAACAUUGCUGGCGUCAUUGGAAGAGACCAUGGAAUCAAGGCCGUGGCGGAACUGGAUGACGAUGAAUGGGACACUAUCAUCGGCGUGAAUUUGACAGGAAUGAUGUAUUGUCUACGAGCAGAGCUCAAGAAUAUCGCUGACGGUGGCUCGAUCGUCAAUAUGGCAUCCAUCCACGCGACGACCGGCGUUGCAAAUCAUGGUGCCUACGCUGCAAGCAAACAUGGCGUUUUAGGCCUAACUCGGGUCGCUGCCAAGGAGAAUGGCCAUCGCGAGGUCCGAGUUAAUGCUGUUGCCCCAGGGCCAAUCUAUACCGGGAUGAUGCAAAGCCAUUGGGACCGCAUGGGACGCCCAUCGGAUGCGCCGUUUGACGAUCCCAUUGCAUUCCGACGUCAGGGUACGCCUGAGGAGGUAGCGAAAGUGGUUGUGUUCUUGCUUAGUCCGGAGAGCUCCUUUCGAGUCACCAUGGCGGAUAUCGAGGAACGGCUGCGAAGCCACUCCGAUGCCUUUAGCGGCCUGAUGUCUUUGAUUCCUGCUAAAUACUACUAUGAGGAGGACCAUAGUGAUCAAUGGCAGCGCAAGAAACAGACAAAGGAAGAAGCCAAAAACGCCAAACUGGCAAAACUUGAUCCGGACUCUGCAAAAUCGGCGAAGGAUGUCAUGGAUGAGAAUGCGAGGAAACGGAAGCGGGAGGAGGGGAAUGAUAACGACGAAGAUAAUCAGAGCCAGUCUGCCGAAAGCGAUUUGGGUUCUGAGUUGCCCAAGGAAGGUCUAAAGCGAGGAGAACUCAAGAGCAAGAAGCAGAAACAAAUAGAUGCUGCCGCAGAGAAGGAUACUCAAGCGUCGAACCGGAACGCAGAAGCCGAAGAGCGACGAAAACUGAAAGCAGAGAAGAAUGCGGCGAAAAAGGCAGCUCAACGUGAAAAGAAAAAGGCCAAGCAGGCAGCGAAGUCUGAUAAGAAGCAAAACGAAGAAGACGAAAAGCUUGAGCCUGCUGAGUCAAAACCUACGCUCACACAAAAGAGUUCUUCGGAUACCAAGUCCGAGAAGAAACCUUCCGUAAAAGAGAAUGAUGCCGAGCAAGAAGAACUGGAGAUAGUCGAAGGAUUAGAUCUGGAAACGAAAGACUCUGCAUUAGAAACAAUAUCCACCACAUCCUCUAACCCAGGUUCGUCAACCUUCGAAAUGUCAAACAACAACUCCGGCACAUCCUCCACCUCCUCCAUCAUCCCACCCAGCGAGGCUCCUUCACAGACAAAACCCACCCUCAAACAACUCAAAACCACACCAGAUGAGCUCCGCCAAAGACUCCAAAAACGUCUCGACGAACUCCGCGCUGCCCGCCGCGCAGAUGGCCUCAAUGGUAAACCCGCACGAACAAGACAAGAACUCAUCGAAGCUCGACGGCGCAAAGCCGAAGAACGCAAACAACACAAAAAGGAAGUUCGGCGCAAGGCCAAGGAGGAAGAAGAGCAGAAAAGGGACGAGGAAAUGCAACGACGGUUUUCGCCCGGUGGCUCAGGUUCAUUGCUUGCUUCGCCUCGUUCGCCUGCUGAGUCGUUUACGUCUAAUUCCAACAAUAAUUUUGCGUUUGGACGAAUUGCAUUUCCGGAUGGGCAACAUGCUGAUCCUACUCUGUCAAAGCUUCUCGAUGACAAGUCGAAACAAGGCCCUCGCGAUCCUCUCGCCGCGCUCAAAAUUGCCGAAGCCAAAAAGACACGACUCUCAGGCCUUGAUGAGGAAAAGAGAGCCGAAAUCGAAGAAAAAGAUAUGUGGCUCAAUGCCAAGAAACGUGCUCACGGCGAACGAGUCCGCGACGAUACUUCCUUACUCAAAAAGGCACUGAAACGCAAGGAAUCAGCAAAGAAGAAAUCCGAGCGUGAAUGGAAUGAGCGCAUCGAGGGUGUUGCCAAGGGCAAGGAAUUCAGACAGCAGCGCCGCGAAGAUAACCUCCGCAAAAGGAAAGAAGAUCGUGGCUCUGGCGGUGGAGGCAAAAAGACCGGCGGAAAUAAUAAUAAAGGCAAAUCCAAAGCUAGGCCUGGGUUUGAAGGCAGCUUCAAAGCGAAGAAUGGCAGUGGGAAGAAGAAAUAA